UCCGUCUCUUUCCCUCUCUCAAACCAAAGCAGAGAAAAAUCAAUCAGAACUACGCAAACGACAUCGUUUUCACAGCAAAAUAUGCUUUCUUCUUCUCCAACCUCCUUCGCUAAUCCAUUCCUCUCCACUUCUCCCCCUAUCUCCCCCGUAUCUCCACCCUCUCGCUCCGCCCGCAUCUCGCCUCCUCUCGUCUCCGCCUCUUGCUCAUACACCUGCACGGAGGACGCCCCGCGGCUGCACCAGAUCCCGCUGCGAUUGACGACGACGAACGCUUCUCUCUACGAGAUCCUGGAGGUUCCUCUCGGCGCGACGAGCCAGGAUAUCAAAUCGGCUUACCGGAGACUUGCCAGGAUCUGCCAUCCAGACGUGGCGGCGGGAACCGAUCGGACGAGUUCUUCUUCUUCUUCUGCGUCGUCCGCCGAUGAGUUCAUGAAGAUCCACGCGGCUUACUGUACGCUUUCUGAUCCCGAGAAACGAUCUGUAUACGAUCGGAGGAUGCUUCGCCGGAGCUGGCCUUUGACCGUCGGUAACUCGGGAAUGGGCGGUUACGUUGGCCGGAACUGGGAAACCGAUCAGUGCUGGUAGCGAGUUCACUCGGUGACCGAGUUAACCCGCGUUAAUUUGAAUUUAAGAAAAAAAGAUGAAUCGGAUUUGUAUGAAUUAAAUAGGGAAACGAUAAAUCGGGAGCUUGCUUGACGUUGUAAUUAAUAGUAAGUCAUUAAGCUAACACGGACGAGGAUUUUAGUGUGUGCUAACAUAUGCUAUACGGCGCCGCUUGGUUCGUGUUACGUAGGAUCUACGUGUGUUUUUUUUACCUUGUGAAUCCUAUACUAGUCAUCAAUGAAAACAAAAGAGUGUCAUUUUUCUU